UCGUUAAAAGGGAACAAUCGAGAGUAGUAAACUGGCAACAGAUCCCCCAGAUUCCCCAUUGUUAUCUCCAACUAAUUAUCGCGCCAACAAUUAAAUGAUUAUGAUAAUCCGGGUGAGAAUUCAAACGUAAUAAUGAAGAAUAACAAAAAGGGAGUUAUUUCGGCGGGAUGGCAGCCUUUAUUAAUCGUAAAAUCACUCGUUUGGUGGUGUUAGUGCUCCACGUGUGUCCCUAACCUCAAAUGUCGGUUCAUCGUGGCUUUAGGUGAUCCAUCGUUAUAUUAUUGUUCAUUUCAUAAUGCCAGCCCAGAAGAAAAACAAUGUGUUGACUUAUGAAGGGUGUAAUUACCUCAAGUAUCGCUUACUGCUGUCAACAUUGUCAGGAAAACCAGUGAGGAUUGAGGACAUCAGAACGAACCACGAUGAUCCUGGGUUGAAAGAGUACGAAGUCAAUUUGAUAAGACUCCUGGACAGAUUGACGAAUGGAACUCGCGUAGAAUUGAACGAGACAGGAACAAGUCUGUUUUACUCCCCGGGGCUGCUGGUUGGUGGAGAGCUGGAGCAUGACUGCAGUUUGCAGAGGGGAAUUGGGUAUUAUCUGGAGGCUGUCAUGGCCCUGGCUCCAUUCUGCAAGAAGCCUGUGGAUAUCAAGCUCAGGGGGAUCACUAAUAACACCCUGGACCCCUCGGUGGACAGGAUCAAAACUACUGGACUGUCUGUGCUCAAGAGAUUUGUUAUUGGAGAACAGGAUAUCGAGUUGAUUAUCAAGAAGAGGGGGGCUGCACCACUGGGAGGUGGUGAGGUGCUGUUCAAGUGUCCCAUUAAACAGAGUUUGAAGACUGUGCAGUUUCAGAACAGUGGAAUGGUGAAGAGAAUACGGGGUCUAGCCUGCAGUAUACGAGUGUCACCAGCAAUUGCGAAUAGAAUGGUUGAAUCUGCUAAAGGAGUUCUCCUCAAUUUUCUACCCGACAUUUAUAUUCAUACGGAUCAUUGUAGAGGAGGAACUGGUGGGAAAUCACCAGGAUUUGGCAUCACAGUAACAGCUGAAACGACAAAUGGAGUUUUCUUCAGUGGUGAGGCAUUCUCGCCCCUGAUGACUACUGGAUCACUCCCCUGCGUUCCUGAGGACAUUGGCAAAGAGGCAGCACACAAAUUGUUGGACGAAAUAUACAGAAAUGGAUGCGUGGAUUCUCCCUUCCAGAGCAUGACUGCUCUAUUCAUGGCUCUGGGGAGAAAGGAUGUCUCCAAAGUACUCGUUGGACCCCUCACACAAACGAUGAUUCAAUUUUUAAGAGACCUCAAGGACUUUUUCGGAAUAGUAUUCAAGCUAGAACCCGCCAAGGACGAGGAAGACGAUGAAAUCCUCCUGGAACAAGUUCUAUUGACUUGUGUGGGAAUAGGAUACACAAAUCUCAGCAAAAAACACUUAUAAACAAUCCCGCAAUUUAUUUUGUAAAUAUUUCCUCUGUGUUUUUAGCAAAUAAAUUUAUAUAUUUCCAAACAA